AUGCGGCAGCCAGAGGCCCGCCCGAGCGGGGGGAGCCCCGCCCGAACCCCAGACUUCGCCACUUUGACCAAGAAGAAAAAGAAGGGCAAGAAGAAGAGCGCCGGCAGCCCCGCGGGCUCUGCAGCAGUCGUCCAGGCAGCCGCCGCGAUCGCCAGCACCAGCACCAGCACCAGCAGCACGGCCGAGCCGGAUCUCAGUCCACCGGCAGACACCGAAGAUAUGAACACCGUCAAGCCCGAGCAUCUGCCGCCCCAAGCCGUCAGCAAGCCUGCUCCGUCGGGCCAGCUGCCACCAGAGAUCACAGCGAUGCUGCAUCCUGGAUCAAGCAUCAACACUUCCUCGCUCGAGAGAGUGCUGCACACCAAGUAUCCGGAAGCGUGCACGCCCCUCUCGCUGUCGCUCCUGUCGUCAGUCCAGCGCCUGCAGUCGAAGAUGGUGAUGCUCGAAGACUUUAUUGCUUCGUCGGCCAGCGUCCCAGUGCCCAGCAACCCCAGCCAAACCCAGGCUCAAGCCCAAAGCUGCACCAAAGACAAGCGCACGACAGACAACGCUUUCGGACAAGCCAGCGCACGACCCACUCGGCCCCAAGCCUCAGUCCACGUCCAAUGCAACCUGUGCCCGCAACUCACCAGCGUAUCAGUGCAGUGCGAUCCCGCCGUCGGUCAAGACGACCCUGCCAAGAGGCCUUCUGGGACCAAGGGAACUCAAGAUGCUGAGUCGCUCAGCUGGCUGGUGUGCGCCAUCUGUUUGGAGAUCAUGGUGGCCCCGCACACCAUUGAGUGUGGCCACAGCUUCUGCUUUGGCUGCAUCCGCUCUUGGCUCCAGCGGGGCGAGCGCAAGCGUUGUCCGACCUGCCGAGGACACAUCGAACAGAAACCCGUUCCCACCCUGCUCCUGAGGCACCACAUUGAUUCCAUCAUCCAAAGCCUCCCUGACGGCCCCAAGGGCAAAUCGAAGAAGGAACACUACAAGCGCUUGCUCGAUGUCUCCGACGAGAUGCGCGAUCCCUGGGGCACUAUAUUUGCUGCACAGACCCAAGCCGUCUUGGACCACGAUGACGGCGUUCGGCGUUGUGGUUCCUGCGGCUGGGAAAUCACUGGAACCGAAUGCAUCAACUGUGGACAGAUCUAUGACCAUGACGAAGCCACCCUCAGAGCGUUCGGCGUCGAUGAAACCGACCCGUACGACGAGUACACAAACAACGACUCGGAGCAGGACGAGGACGACGAGUAUCUUGCCACCGAUGACGAUGGCAGCGACAGUCACUACCACUAUAUCGAGGACGAGGCAGCAGAGAGUGAUGAUGGCGGCAUUAGGCUGAUGGAAGACGGAGACGAGAGCGAGGAAGAGCUCGACGACGACGAUGAAGACGACGACGAUGACGACGACGACGAGGAAGAGCCUGCGAGCGACGAAGACUAUGCUCCAAAGAGAAAGGGCAAGCUCAUCAGAGUCCCCUCGGCACGCAAUGUGCCGCUUUCGGAGAGCGAGUCCGACAGCAAGCUCGAUGUGCAGCCAGCCCGUCCGAUCCCGUCGUUGGCGCUAUCAUCGUCGAAACGAGCCAAGCGUGUUGUCGUGCUGGAUUCGGACGACGAAACCGCAGGCGCACCGAGCAGCAGCAGUCCAGCUGUGAAUGCUGUCGAUGGAGAUCCAGGCCCCAGCCGCAGAGCACCACCAAAACCCAAGGCUGCCAAACGAAGCCUUGCCGACGAGCACGUCGUCGUUUUGGAUCCGCAGACCCCACCCAAAAUGCCUCGUCAGGGACUUCCUGGUCGGGCAGUCAAAGGCAGUACUUCAACGGAUGUCAGCCCCCUCACGGUCGCGAGCGUCCAGAGUCCCCGAAAGCGAAAGUCUGUCUCUCACGACGACCACGCUGCUGGUCUCGAGGCACUGCUCAACGGCGACAACGAAUUCCUGUCAUCAUCUAGCCAAGGCGAAGACGACUCAAACGACGAGUCCACGCCCGCUGCUACACCGCCGCAGUCCAGCCGCACCCGAAACGCAAGAACCGGUGCCAAGAAGUCGAGACUGGGCACCCGCUGA